AUGGAAAUUGCACCUGCAAUGCUGCGACGUUACCUUAAGAAUAAACACAACUACGCCUCUUCUGGUCUUGAUGGUGUUACGUACCUGCUUCUCAAACGCUGUGGGUACUUUCUUCUGCACCAGCUUUCACUCUUCUUUCAAUUCUGUCUUAACAACGGUGCUACUCCGGAGCAGCGGAAAACUGCCACUGUCGUUCCUCUGUUCAAAAAGGGUGGCCGCACGUCGCUUGUCAACUAUCGUCCAGUCAGUCUUACUAGCUGCAUUGCCAAACUGAGGGAGUCUUGUGUCAGAGAAACACUGUGGAACUUCUGGAAUUCUCACCGCCUUAUCCGGCUCUCGCAAUUUGGAUCUAUCCCUAACUGCAGUUGCUGCGAUCAACUUAUCGAAUUCCUUGAAAACAUCACCCGGCUCACUGAUGGCGUCUCAUGGGUGGAUGUUGUUUACCUUGACUCUGCUAAAGCUUUUAAUUCUGUGCCGUACAAAAGACUUAUGGCAAAACCCUUUGCAAUGGGUGUGAAAGAUGAUCUUUUUGAUUAA